AAAAUAAGAUUUGACGCAACAAAGUUGAGAGAGUUGAAGAAGAGAAAAAGAGAAAGAGUAUAUUAUUCAAAUUUAAAAAUAAAACAAGCAAGAGCGCAGAGCAAGAGCUGCGAACGAAGCAAAAACUUACUUGUACACCUAAGAGCAGCGGAGAAAACAUUCUGAAGUAAAUAUAAGAAAAAACAUAAACAAACAGUAAACAGCAGUCAGCCAAAAUGCCGGAGCCUUUGGGCCAACUGUGGUCGGUGCCAGAGACGAAAAAGAAAGCGCCCAUAAUCAAGGUAUCCUGCGGAAUUGGCGACACCGAUGGUUUUCCAGCGUUCGAUGUUGACUCUGAUGCUUAUGCGACAAAGGAUGAUAGCAAAUGGGGAUUUCUGAUAACUGGUGGCGCCGAAUUUCAUAUGCCUCUAACCGUAUUUCAGGUAACACCUGAUGGUCUAGCCGAUAAAUCGGGCAUACGUCUGGGCGACAUAAUUCUCGAAAUAAACGAAGAGGACGCCACGCAUCUGACGUUGGCCCAGGCACACGAGAAAAUCAACGCAUCGCCCAAGAAAAUACACUUCCUUCUGCGAAACAUGGAGGAGGACGAUCCAUUGGGAAUGUAUGAGGCCGGUGAGGAGAAAUCGAUUGUGAUGCGCGUGCCGAAACCAAUGCCACCACCUAGUGACUUCCACCCAACCCCAUUGCUUGGCUCCCGUUGUUGGCAUCCAAUAAUGUGGCAAGAGCCACCAGAGCCACCCAAGCCCAAGAAAAAGAAAACUAAAACCGAAAUCGAUGAAGAGGGCAACGAAGUGGUGGUCGAAUUAAGCGAGGAUGAGUCCUCGGACGAGGAAGAGAAGGAGCUGCCACAUCAUCGCAUUAUUAGGAACAUAAGGCGCUUCUUUGCGGAGGUCGGCGAUAACCAAGAGUUGCGUAGCAGUACCAUUGAGAACAUGCUUCUCGCCUUGCCCAGUGCCUCGAAGUCGAAGUGAUGUGGCGUGCAUUGAAUCCAUUAACCCAUUAUGCCUGCAUAAUUAACGUUUCUUUUAUAUGUACAUACUUUGUGCUUAAACCCAAAAUGUUUAAUAAUAAAUAUCGGAAAUGAAUA